UUAAGAAAAUGCAUAAUUAACACAUUUUCAUCCAUAAUGUGCGACCAAGAAAUUCUAACAUGCAGACGCACCCUCUCCAUCAUGGUCAUCACCUGCUUCUGCCUCCUCCAAAUGCACCGAGUGAACCUCUCCAUAGCAAUAGUACCCAUGACCUCCAACACCACCAGCGACCACUUCGACUGGACCGAAAAACAAAAAGGUGACAUCCUAGGUUCUAUCCUGUGGGGCCAAAUGGUAAUGUCAGUUCCCGGCGGCCGCCUUUCCGAAAUUUACGGAACAAGAAUCCUUCUGGGCACCAUGAUGGUCCUAGCCAGCGUUUUAACACUCCUCACUCCCUUCAUAGCCCACUACAACUACCACAUGCUACUUUUGAGCCGCGUGGGCGUGGGUUUGAUGAUGGGCGUCGUCAACACGUGCAUUCCAGCAAUGGCGAUCCGAUGGGUUGCCCCUACACACAUGUCGAAAUUCUUGUCGCACACCAGAGCGAUUCAUCUGGGUGGGGCUUUAACCCUCCCGAUUUGUGGCUACGUGAUUGCGAAUUGGGGUUGGAAGCAGGUUUUUUUUCUAACUGGAGGGUUGUCAGUGGUGUGGACCAUCUUCUGGUUUGGUCUCGUGUACGAUUCGCCGUCUGAACAUCCAAGAAUCAGCGUGGAAGAAAUCGAGUCGAUUCGCAAAGGAAUCACUUGCGAUUUUGGUAGUCUUCGCAAAAAGGAUAUUCCGUGGGGAAAAAUUUUGGCAUCGCGUCCAGUCUGGGCUAAUGUUGUUUCCUCAGCUUGUGUGUUCUUUUCAGUUAACUUAGCUAUCAAUAAUUUGCCGUCGUACAUGAACCAAGUCCUACAGUACGACAUCAAGCAAAACGGUCUUCUAUGUAGUUUGCCGUAUUUAGCCAUGUACUUGUCGGCGUUUGGCUCAUCCCAUUGGGCUGAUCGUUGGUACAAGACCAGCAAGUUUAGCAAGUCCACCAUAAGGACUAUUUUCGUUGUGUUGACUUUUGGGGGACCAGCUGGGAUGUUCGCAGUAGCUGCUUUCUAUGGAGAUCGACCGAAGGUUUGUGUGGUCGUGUUUGUUUUAUGGUUGAGUUUCUCUGGGUGUUCUGUACCAUCGCUUAAUGCCAAUGUUGUCGAUUUUGCACCCACGUACGUCGGUACCAUUUUUGGGAUAAUGCAAAUGGUGGGGGCGUUAGCUGGUUACGGUCAGACUAAGCUGGUGGCUGUUGCUGUUCAAGAGGGUCAAGGCUUGAGUCAAUGGAAAUUUGUUUUCUGGGUGAUGAUGGGUGUAAACUUGUUUGGAAUGGUGGUGUUCCUGCUGUUUAGUUCCACCGAAGUACAGAGUUGGAAUUUGAGUUCUGAAGAUGCGGAAGUGGAGAAAAGGGGUGAUGGUGAUGAGAUCCCAUUGCAAGGGAAAAUUUUAAAGAUUACUACAUAAAUGUGAAUGGUCGAGCAUCAAUAAAAUACUCAAUGAAUCGUU